UAAGAUUGGAGACCCCUGCAUUAGAGCAUCCAUAAAGUUAACGGUGUUUGAAAUUAAUGUUGUAAACUCAAAUAAGUUUGGUUUGGUAGAUUACUAAGGGCCGCAUAGCAGUCUAAUAAUUGGCAAGUGUGGGAGAGUAGGCUAUGGGUAUCGUUUUUUAUCGUUGUUGGAGUUAUUGGCAAUAAAACGCUAUUGAAAAGUUUAUUAAUCGGUCCAAUAUUGGGCACUGUAGACCGUUUCUGCGGGGAACCUAGGUUUAUUAAAGACGCCCCCCUUUUCUUUUUUGGAGUGGUCCCUGUACCUUUAAGAAGCAGUCUGCCUGUAGCUGAAGGUCACUAAAUACAAAAGCUCUUAGCGCUGCGGUCCAAUAUAGCGCAUGCGCCCUGCCCGGGGACUGACAGACUGCAAUAUGGCGAGAAUGCCUAGCAGCGGAGAUUGCUUCAGCGACACAGAGGGGGCGGAAAAUGAAGAAAUGAGUAACCUGGAAAGAAGCGACUAUGACGAAGAUGAGAUUCAGGAAAUACAGAUAACGGGUGAUGAGGAGUUUGAAUAUGAAAAUGAUGUUGGGUUGGAGUGGGAAGCAGAGUGUUUGGACCCCGAAAACUGUUCCGCUGUGGAGACGGAAGCGGUCCUCACGCGGAAUGCGGACCAGUGCAGUGUGGAUUCUGUUAUCCGCGGGCUGCAGGACUCGGAGCUGGAAGGCGAUGUAUUACAUCGUUCAGACCGAUCAAGAGUGAGCGAAAACACUCGCUUAGCCACCAAGUAUACGGUUAGAAUCUUCAGGGAGUACCUAAGCGAAAAAUCUAAAAGUACUGACUUUGAAACUAUGGACAAGGAGACGCUGUGCGAGGUGCUGGCGUCCUUUUAUGCAGAAGCGCGUUCAAAGAGUGGGCAGCUAUACAGCAAGUCCUCUCUGAUUGGUAUUAGGAGCGCUCUGAACAGGCACCUGAAUGAACCGCCUUACUGCCGCAAUCUGGAUCUGUCUAAAGAUCCCAAGCUGAGAAGCGCUAACCUGACGCUGACAGCGGUUAUCAGAAAGCUGGAAGAACAAGGAACAGGUCCCAUCGUGCAAAAACAGGCAAUUACCCGAACUGACUUGAGGAAACUGUACACGUCCAUUGUGUUUAAUACUAACACGCCUUUCGGCUUGCUCAACAAAGUGUGGUUCGAAACCUGCAUGUAUUUCUGCACCAGGGGACGGGAGAAUCAGCGAGAGCUGGAGGAGAGCUCGUUCGGCCUGGGUAUUGACGAAGAUGGGAGAAAGUUUAUUUACUUAAAAACACUGGGAUUGUAUCACAAAUCCAGAUCAGCUUCAUUGAACAAAAAAAGAACAGAGUCUGACAAUUUGCCCCGCAUGUACCAAACUGGCACGGAGUUCUGCCCAUACGCGAGCUUUGUUAAAUAUAUUUCGAAACGGAAUCCGCAUUGCAAAGCAUUUUUUCAGAGACAGCGGGACUAUUGCAGUGAAAGUGACAUGACUUGGUAUGAAAACAAAGCGAUAGGGAAGAACCUGCUCGGCACUAGGAUGGAAAUGUUAUCGUUAGCUGCCAAACUGUCGAAGACUUACACUAACCACUCCAUCGGCGCCGUCUCUGUUGCUACUUUGAAUAGUAUCGUAGGCAACGGGUCAAAGUUAGCGCCUCUGCACGUUGCUCCGGAAACGGCUGAUGAUGAGACCCAGAAUCAGUUCGAACUGGUUGUCCCUUAUGUGCAUCCGAUAGAUGAUGGCGUAGACGUAGAAAUGAAAGAAGAAGAAACCACAAAACGGCCGCGAACAAUUGAUCCCGUGGAUGUUUCCGGACCGGCAUCCCCAAAAAAGCUUUGUGUGCGACCUGCGGAGCACGGUGGUGAAUCCCCCAGCCUGGUCGCUGUGAAACCUGACCCUCAUUCGGCAGCUCCACUCCAAUCUAAUGGGCAGACGGUCUCCCCUUCACCGACUAUUCUAAUGCCAGACCAGGAUAACCGCACCAAUAUGUCCAGGCCCAUGAUAACCAGGUCGCCCGCAUCUCCCCUGAGCAGCCAGGGGAUCCCCACUCCUGCACAGCUCACCAAGUCCAACGCGCCCGUGCACAUCGAUGUGGGGGGCCACAUGUACACCAGCAGCCUGGCCACGCUAACCAAAUACCCCGAGUCCAGAAUCGGUCGGCUCUUUGAUGGCACAGAGCCCAUCGUACUGGACAGCCUCAAACAGCACUACUUCAUCGACAGAGACGGCCACAUGUUCCGGUACAUUCUCAACUUCCUCAGGACCUCCAAACUCCUCGUUCCCGACGACUUCAAGGACUACAGCCUGCUGUACGAGGAGGCGCGGUACUUCCAGCUGCAGCCCCUGCUGUCGGAGCUGGAGCGCUGGAGGCAGGAGCGGGAGCUGGGCCGCACCUCGCGGCCCUGUGAGUGCCUGGUGGUGCGCGUGGCCCCUGACCUGGGGGAGAGGAUCACGCUGAGCGGGGACAAGGCCCUCAUCGAGGAGGUGUUCCCCGAGAUCGGAGACGUCAUGUGCAACUCGGUCAACGCCGGCUGGAACCACGACUCCACACACGUCAUCCGCUUCCCCCUCAACGGGUACUGCCACCUCAACUCUGUCCAGGUGCUGGAGAGGCUGCAGCAGCGCGGGUUCGAGAUCGUGGGCUCCUGUGGAGGAGGCGUUGACUCCUCUCAGUUCAGCGAGUACGUCCUGAGGAGGGAGGUCCGGAGGGGCCAGCGCGGGCCCUCCGUCAUCCGGAUAAAACAGGAGCCGCUGGAUUAAGGUGGCGGUCUCCGUCCGGUCUCGGCCCGUAUGAACGGCGGACAUUUUGAAAAGGCAGCCAGUAAUCAACACCUGUGGACUCCUAUGCUUUCUUUUCAUUUUUUAAAGAUUUCAUUGACUUUCAAUCUAGAGAACCACUGAGGGGAAGAGGAAGAAGAAACCAAUAAACAAAAAAAAAAACUUCUGUCUGAAAGACUACGUAGAAUAUCUCAUGAAAUUCUGCCCCUUCGGAAGUCCCGCCCGUCCACCUGGGAUGAAGUUUGUUUUAAAACUUUGAGACUGCAUUUGAUGAAAUGUCCGUGCCACAUUUACCCAGGUGUGUUAGAGGAUGAGCUUCACCUUCUUAACCAGCCCAUAUGAGAACAGUUUGACCCCAUGCCUCCCCUGUUUCUGACUGCGUUAUAUCAAUAAGAGAAUAAGCUAACCGUGGGGGAAGACACUCUGGAAAACUGAGAACGUGUCAUUUCCGUAAAAUCCUUUUUCUAAGGUACAAUGUCUGACAAUGUUUCCAUUUAAUAAAUGUACACAGUUGAUAUCAUGACUGGUUUAAGACAAACCAUUUUAUCUCGCAGCAAAAAAAAACGAUGUAAAAAAAGUAAAAAAUAGAAUGCAUUUUUUUUGUAAUGGAAAUCUACCAUGCGUAGAUCUGUGCUAUGAAGGUCCAUGUCCAUAUAGCUGCAAGUAGAUUUUCUUCUGUAUGUAAGAGCGUGUUGUGCUCUUCUAAAAUGACUUUUACAAAGAGCACCAAGACCCUCUUUGCCUGGGAACUCUAACCCAGCCUAAACUAAAUAGACUGAAAUGACUGGGAAUAGCAAUCAAUUUAUUUGCCCUUGACUGACAGUCCACAAAAAACAAUGUGUAUUUAUGUAAUAUGUAUCAUUUUUUUUAAAACAUGCCAUUUUGGACAAAAAUAUCUUUAGUUAAGAAGCUUGUCUGACUGUUAGCAGGACUUUCCAUCGAAGCAUUAAGCAAAGGGAUUAAAUAAAUAUGAAUGGGACAGCUGACUGUACUUCCGUCAUUUUCAUUGAUAUUUGUGACGGUACAUAUGAACCAAUUGGGAAGAUAUCCUGCGUUGUCAUUGGACUUCACUUCCUGAAGAACAAGCUUACUUAAAAUAAAGUCACAAGGAAUGUAAUAAAGUAUGUUAAUAAAUGUUUAACAAAAGUGGAAGUAAUCUUAAA